AUGGGCACGGGAAUUGUCUCGAUUCUGCUCAAUACACUCCCCUAUAAUGGGGAAUGGCUCUAUUGGAUUUCUGUAGUAGUCUUCGCACUCAACGUGCUGAUUUUUGUGAUAUUCCUCUGUUUAUCAAUCCUGAGAUAUGCCUUCUAUCCCGAGAUCUUCCCGGUGACGGUCACCCAUCCAACCCAGUCGCUAACUCUGGGCUCAUUCCCAAUGGGAUUGGCAACUAUCAUUAACAUGAUUUGCUUCGUCUGUGUCCCGUCUUGGGGACCAUGGGCGAGUUACCUUGCCUGGGGCUUGUGGAUGGCGACCGUUGUCUUCUCCGUCGCGACGUGUUUUGCCUUGAUGUUCAUCAUGACGACUAGUGAAGGGGAGGUUCUGUUAUCCUCCGCAAGUGCAGCAUGGUUGCUUCCAAUUGUCGCGUGCGUUGUCACAUCGGCAUCCGGCUCGGUUGUUGCUGAGGUUCUCCCGAAUCCGCAGUAUGCCCUUGGGACCAUUGUCGCAAGCUACGUGGUAUGGGGCAUUGGCGUUCCGAUGGCAUUGAUGAUGACGGUGAUUUAUCUAUUACGGUUGAUGUUGUAUAAGCUGCCGCCCAAAGCAGCUAUUGCCAGCACGUUCUUGCCAAUAGGGCCUCUCGGGCAGGGGGGUUAUGGGAUCCAGAGACUCGGACAAGCAGCAAAGAUGGCCUUCCCCCAAACUGGGACACUGCAGCCAGGAACGGGCGACGUUUUGUAUGACAUUGGGUUUCUCGUUGGGCUGAUAUUCUGGGGCUUCGGGCUCGUAUGGCUUUUCUUCGCAAUAGCAACUGUCUUCCGAGUGCGCAGGUUCUCCUUUAACCUGGGCUGGUGGUCAUUUGUUUUUCCUCUCGGCGUCUAUGCGACCUGUACGAAUCAGCUGGGUCAGGACAUGCCUUCGCGGUUUUUCAAGGUUCUGGGAACGAUUCUCUCUUUAAGUGUCGUUAUAUCGUGGAUCGUGGUCUCGUACUUCACUGUCAGAGGUGUCUACAAGCAAAACUUGUUUGUGGAUCCCUGUCUGACGGCUUUGCAUGAUAAACAGCAAAGGAAGCUGGAGCAUCAACAUCGGGAGAGGCAUAGUUAUCCUUGA